AUGUCUUCCUAUAACUAUCAAGCGCCUAAUUUGGCGUCAAUUCUCAAUACGUUGGCCAGUCUUGCUCCUCAAGAACAGGGUCAGAUUCAGACUCCAGCGCAGGCCCAAACUCAACCUCAAGUUCAAGCUCAAAUCCACCCUCCAGUGCCGCCCUCAAAUGACGAACAUCAAUUUCAGCAAAUUUGGCAAGAGCAAUUAAACCGUGCAUCCCAGGGCCCUCUGCAAUCAGUUCCCGCGGCAAAUACACCUCCAAAGAGUGUUGAUCCUGCUACUAUCAUCGAAUGGUCGGCUGGACUGCGAUGUGUAAUGAAAACCGUUGCCAAGCAUGAGAAUAUGCUGAAUGAUAUACGCCGGAUGAUCAAGGUGCAGCAUGAGCACGAGGAGCAAUGGUGGAAGGGCCGUGAGGCGUUGAUUGAGAGGCAAGAGGCUAGAAAGGAGGGACAGAAGAAAUUAGAGGAGGUGCUAAGAGCUGUUGGUGGGGCUAUUUCGACAGCCCCGGCUAACAAUGGGCCUGCCGAAUUGGCUAGGGAGCUUGAGACCUUCGAUAUGAAGGUCUAUAAAGCCCAAAUGCAAAUGACGAGAGAGAUGAGUGCUAAACUCAGAAACCUCGGCGUUCCGUUCUUUGGCACCCAAACUGAGCUUGUUAGGCCAGCUGUUAAAGAUAGAGUGCAUGGAGGAGAUGAUUCGAAAGACAAAGAGAAAGGUCUGAUAGACGAGAUUGAGCUAGUGAAGCUUCAGAGGAAGAUGCUCGCUUUUUUGGAGGACCUAUGUAGUGACUGA